CCCUCCAGGAGAUUAAGCCAGCGCGCAGGCGCAGUUUUCUCUCUUCCCGCGACGACCGCCGGACAAGAUGGGUAUCGACAUCCGCCACAACAAGGACCGCAAGGUUCGCCGUAAGGAGCCCAAGAGCCAAGACAUAUACCUCCGCCUGCUGGUCAAGCUCUACAGGUUCCUGGCUCGUCGCUCUAACUCCCCAUUCAACAAGGUCGUCCUCAAGCGUCUGUUCAUGAGCCGCACCAACAGGCCUCCGCUCUCGCUGGCUCGCCUGAUCCGUAAGAUGAAGCUGUCUGGACGGGAGAACAAGACUGCCGUGGUGGUAGGCACGGUGACAGACGAUGUCCGAACCUGGGAUAUCCCGAAACUGAAGGUUUGUGCCCUCCGUGUGACAGACGUGGCCAGGCACCGCAUCCUGAAGGCAGGAGGGCAGAUCAUGACCUUUGACCAACUGGCACUGGCUGCUCCCAAGGGUCAGGGCACUGUACUGUUGUCAGGACCUCGGAAGGGACGGAAGGUAUACAGACAUUUCGGACCGGCUCCAGGAACUCCGCACAGUCACACCAAGCCUUACAUCAGAUCCAAGGGCCGCAAGUUCGAAAGGGCAAGAGGGCGCAGAGCCAGCCGGGCAUACAAGAACUAAGGUGUUACUCCCCUCCCCUUGUUAAAAUAAAAGACUAUUUCUGAA